GGGAGAGCUGACUCUCCUCACUCUCGUUCGUACCAGGGCAUAUGGGAGCUGGUAUCACUGCCAGGAUACGAACCUGGGUUAGUGCGGAAAAAAUUAUCUGAUAGAAUAAUUAUUAGAUUACAAAAAAUUGAUGAUAUGUUAUAUUUACGUAAUUGAACGAGUUGUGAUGGGAGUCUGAAAACUAAGUAGUCGGUUGUGUUUAUUUUUUCAGAUUAAUCUAUCAUGCACUGGAAAUAUUUUCUGUAAUUUUAAAAGCUGUGUCAGACUGACAUUGAUUUUUUUCAUCUGUUUAUUAUUCGUAAAUUUUCAUUUCUAACUAUUUCCAUUUCAGAUAAAACAAUUCAAUGUACAAUUUUUCCGAAAUUUCUCCAUUCCUACUCAAAAUUCGAUCAUGUGUUCUUUUACCUCAUUGUAAUGGGCGUUAUUUCCCUCCAGGAACACUUUAUCGUCCACAUGCUGAACGUUUUGAUGAGAACUGUGAACGUAAACCAUUACCCCAUCCAGAAACUCCACGAUUUCAAGAACUUCCUGUCACAGAUCCUAGAAAUAAGCCGAAAAUUGCCGGUAAACGACCAAUUCAUGUAAUUUGUGAACCUAACCAAGUUUAUUGGUGGUGUUCUUGUGGUCAUAGUAAACGUCAACCAUUCUGUGAUGGACAUCAUAUUCGGAUAUUAGGCUCAAAUCCAGGCUUUAAAAUCCAUAAGCGAGAAUUCAAACCUAUUCGUUUAGUUUAUGAACAACCGUCUGAAGUAUGGUUUUGUACGUGUAAACAGACAUCAGAACCGCCUUAUUGUGAUGGAAGCCAUAAUUGUGAAGAAGUACAGUCUAAAAUUAAAUACUAA